GUGGAUCACAGUCUAUUCUUAGCAACACAUCACGAUCGGCAGUUUUGCGUAUAUAUACUUGCUGUUGUCACUUACUGUCGCCCUCAAUCGUUCGGAUACCGGCCGGCGAGUCAGUUACCGUCAUGUCCCUGCCUAAUCUCGAGGAGUUCAGUUCAAGUUCGGGGGAUGAACUGCGAACAGAUCUGAAAUCAUUAUUACACCAGCGGGGCGGACCAUACGACACGGAAGAAUUAUGGCGAAAAACACCCGAGUACGAGUUAACGGAAGAUGACAAACAGAGGGCAGAACAACGGAAGGAAAACAACAAACUCGCCGCCAAGAAGAGUCGUCAGAAGAAGAAGAGUCAGCUGAACACUCUGGAAAGGCGAGCAGAGGAGCUGAAGUCACAGCGCGCGCAUCUCCUGAGGGAGCGACAGCGGUUGAACCAGGAGCGGGAGAAGUUGAAGCAGCUCCUACUUCACCAUGCCACCACGUGUCCAGGCGUCAGUGACUGUCUCAAAAGAAAACUGGACAUUUAUUAGAAACAUUAAUCCUAAACACGACAGGAAUCAUUUCAUAGAAAUCUGAGAAGGCAGCACCACCAGAUAGCACGUGACACGUUCACGAGACUGUUCAUCCAUUGUAUCGUCGAGAUGCAAUAACUGUGAUACAUACCAAUAAAAUAGUUAAAUGACCAAA